GUGCUGACGGUCAAAAGUUCAACAUCCGUAAGGUCAGGUGACGUCUGUGAGAGACUGUGUCCAGGUUGUGUACGGUGGGGCAGACCCUAGGUGGCACCGAGACAGUGUCAACAGCAGUGAGCUUUAGACUUUGCACUGCUUUUAUUUGUGGAAAGUGGGAGGAGCCGCAGGCAGGGCUGUUUCGUGCAUUUGUUGCAUUUGCAGCACACUCAGAUUAGUGGAAACACUGGCCGGGGAGGACACAAUGCCAGGACAAUAGGCAACUGAACAGGUUUUAACAUCUCACUUAUAUUGACCUAUUUGUAAGAAAUGGUAAUGUUUAUUGGAGAAGUGUGUAUAUUAUGGUGGCAGAAAUGGUUAGGUUAUUAUAGUGCAGGGAAGCAUGUCUGAGAACUACUAAGUGUAAUACCAGGUUGCAGGGACAGGACUUUAACAUGGGGUGCAACUGUUCAAGUCUACAAGGCAGUGGGAACUGCCCUCAUUUUCCUGACCAGCAGAACGGGACAUGGCUGCCUGCGAAUGAUAACUCCAGGAAACAGUGGGGCCUGUCACCCUCCUCACAGAGCAGCGCAUCGCAGGUGCAGAAAGGAACGCAGCUGAAAACUUUGACAAGCUUAGUCAGAGGUGGGCAGAAAAAUGCUAUGAUGCCAGAUGAACCAGUCAGCAUUAAAGACAUGUUGGUCAUGAGAGAUGAAGUUACCUCGUCAACACCAGAUGACCAGGAGCAGUACCAGCAUCUCAAGAGUCUGUUACGUGGGGCAGGGCAGCCCAUGGUCAACAGCCUAUACAGCUGUAACAUACACCAUGAAGAAGUCCAGGAAUGCAGCACAGAGUCACUUGUAGCUGACAGCGAGGCUGCCACAGAAAAAGAAUGGUUAGAAAAAUGGCAGAAUGAAAACCAUCAGAAAACAACAUUGGAGAAAAAUUCCACAACUUGGGACGGGGUUGAAUAUGUCACCAAUGACCAUUUUUUUAGUGGCAUAUCUAAUGAUCUCUGGCCAGGUGAACCUGAGCCCCAGGCUGCCCAGUGCACCAUGAACAGGCUCACGUCUCCUGUGACUGUGCAUAGUGAUGAGAGCACCUGUCAGAGCAGUCCCAGGAGUGAUCCAGACUUCUGGCAGCCCAGCCUGGCAGGGUCAAGUCUGGAGGAGCAGAAUGUGCUGAACAUGAGCCUGGAUGGACUCCUGCGGAAAGUGCUUCAGGACAAUGUGGCAGAGAAUGCAAGCCUUCCUGAGCUGUCUGAUGGGCUGGACUCCCUAAUGGACCUGGGUGGAAUUGACACAGAUAUUGACUGCGAGGGCUUUCUCAGUGCCUUGAAAUGGUACAAUGAACAGUCUGGCAUUGUCUCCACACACCUGGAGGCCACUGACAUGCUGGAAGACCAAGCAAUACAGGUGCCUUGUUGUUCACAGGAAACCCUUGAUGCUGAAAAUGAAGCAGGACUACUGGCUAUCCUUAAUGAGUCGUUUGACAGCAUGGACUCCCCCCUGGGGAUCGUUGGGCUGGACCAGCUGGGGCAGAGUGAUGGGGAGCUGUCCUCCCCUGACAGCACCACAGGACCCAGGAGGGACGACAGGGAGACUUCACUGCUUAAAAAACUACUGCUGACGCCUCCUAACACACCCAUGGGAUACAGCAGGGAGCCUAUCAAGCUGGAAGAUGUAUUGCUUCACAGGAAAAACCAGCUGGCCAAGUUGGCGUCCAGUUCGAAGACGGAAACUGCCUUCCCGUUCAACACCCCCGCCAACAGCCUGAGUCCCCGGACCAACGACUCGGCCUCGGACUCUACCCCCAGCUCCCCAUGUAAGCAUUCCGACGGUGUCAGUACCGGUGUACAUGAGCAUGAGAAUGGCCACAAACACCCAGAGCUGGAGAAGCUCUUGUUGAGUGGUGAGGCCGUGCUGGAGGCCCCCCUGCCUCGCCGCCGCCGAGCAUCCGGCCAUGAAAUAGGUAUCGAGGCCACGGACGUCACCAAUCUGCUCGAACAGUUCGAAGAGAAAGCAGAAGGUCCACCAAAGAAAGCCAACGGAAGGAUGCCAUACCUCAGACCUAACCUACAAGCAAGUUCAAAACUGGCUGCUCUUGUGACUGCCAAUGGGAUGUCCCUGGACAAAUCUAGGAGAACAACCGACCGACUGAGGGCUCUAAUCAGCAGUACAAGGAAGGGGGCCAUUCUUACUGACCCGCUACCUAAAAAGUCUAGGAAUUACCAGUCUUCCAGCAAGUCUUCCAAGGGGAAGAAUGUAGACCAUCUCAAGAACCCAAAAUCUCCCAAGUCUGUCAAGUCCAAGGGCAAGAAGGUCGUUAGUAAGAGAAGGAGGACUUCGUGUGACUCUCAGAAGAGCCGCAGCGAUGACUCCGGGACGGACAGCCGGUCCAGUGACAGCCUCCCGCAGUUGUCUGUGUCCAGCGACUUGAAAAAUGGCGACAGCGCCCUUUUCUUGGAUCACGACUACUGUCACUCCUACCUGGUCCAACAGGUGCAGGGAGACACCAGGUGUCGGUGUAGGAACCGCUCACAACCCCAGGAGUCCGGUCACAAGCCUGACACCACGGGAGACGCCAACACGGGGCCUGAAGGCCAGUCUUUGUUGCAAGACAUGUGUGUCCCCAUCGCAGAGUGUACACCAGAGAAAAACACUGAAGGAGAAGACCUUCCAUCCCUCCAAGGAUUGCUGGAGAAAGUCAAGGAAGAGAAUUCUGAUACCCAGUCGACAGUAGACCAGGAAGCUAAUGUAUCAGAAACAACAUCCCAAGUGGACAAAGACACCAAGCAAUCUGUAGAUGCAGUAGAGCCUGAUGCUGAAAAAACUCAGGAAGAGCUAGAAGCAGAAAUGGAGGAAGGAGAGCUCCCAGAGUCAGACGAGGAGCCUGGCUUCUUCUCCAAACUCCCACCUUACAUCAGCAGCGGUAAGAUCAUGCCCACUCCCACAGCCAGUCGGGAGAACUCUCGACCUUCCUCCCCUGUGGAGGCACAGCCGGCAGCUACAGCCUCAAACGAGCAGGAAAAGGAAGAGGACGGCAGCUUUAUCUCUCGACUACCAGGCUACAUGGAAAGUGGCAAAGUGUUCAUUCCUCCCGAGGCAAACAAAGAAAACUCUAAAGCAGACAGCCUGGCCCACGAGUCAGACAUGGACAUCAGUGAGGAGGAGGAGGAGGAUGCAGAGCACUACUCACGUCUUCCAGAGUAUUAUCAACCUACAGCUGGGAAAAGUAGGACUUGUUCUCCGUCUUCAGAUCGCGAGGACGGCAGGAGACGGAAAAGUUCCACAGACAGAAGGAGAAGCUGUAGGACUAAGGAUGUCUUGAAGGAGAAUUCAAAGCAUCGGUCCAGGUCCCACUCUCGGUCCCGCUCUCGAUCACAUUCUUACUCUAGGUCACAUUCUAGAUCUCAUUCCAGAUCGUCUAGGAGAUCAAGGACUCGGUCCUGCUCAAGGUCGCGCUCUCGUUCAAGGUCACCGUACUGGUCACGUUCGCACCCCAGACAUUCCAGCCGACUGCGGCGUAGCAAGCGGUCCUCACACGACGAACGUGAAUACCUGCGACAGGAGCAGCUCCGGAAACAACGGGAGCAGGAGAUGAAACUGGAAGAGAAGAAGAAGAAAAUUGAGGAGAGACGUGUGGUGUACGUUGGGAAGAUCCGUGUCGGAACCACGAAAGGGGACCUUCGUCGGCGUUUCCAAAGGUUUGGGCCCAUCGAAGAAGUCAGUGUUCACUUCAGGGAUGCAGGGGACAACUAUGGCUUUGUUACCUUCAAGUACACCUGUGACGCGUUUGCUGCAAUAGAAGAGGGAAAUCAGGAUCUUGGUCCUCGUGAGGCUGUGUACGACCUGUGCUUCGGAGGCCGAAGGCAGUUCUGCCAAACUGACUAUGCUGAUUUAGACUCCUACCAUGGUUCCCUGUCCACAGACAGGCAGGGUGGCCGCAGUAAUGGUGGUAGAUAUGACACAAUGGACUACGGUGAACUGCUGCGACAGGCACAGAAGAAAUCCUCCCGUGGCAAAAGAUGACAUGGCCUUUCUUCUCUGUAACUCAAGAGGUCAAAGAACUGUACCCCCUGCUCUCUAGGAUGGUGUUUCUGAGAGGUGCUCAAGUCAGAAUCCCCAAACACCAGGCUACUGAAGACCUGUGACCAACCACAUCAAAGUUGCAGAUACAUGUAGAUCGUUAGAUGUAAUAUAGAAGCAAUACAGACAAGCAAGCCAGUUUUCAGCUCUAAAUGAUCUGCACAAUGGUAUGCAACCGUCGCCAAGUCUCAAGGGAAAAGUCUUCUGCUAGUACAGUUGUAGCUGUCAAGUUAUCGUCACAGAUCUGGACAAAGUUGGCCAUGUGCAUCAUACUCAUCAUGACAUGACUCAUGGCUGUAGGCCAAAGGUAGAAUUUGAAUUCAGUUAAAGUGUUAACCAAAAUGCAGGUGUGAAAACAGGGAUCAUAGCUGCAGCUGAAUACCACACAAGGAAAUCUGUUGAACAGCUGGAGUUGUACAGUCUGAGGGGCUGACAAUUGUUACAUUAUCCAAGUCCAGUACACAAGAAAGGGGCUCACUGUAAAUAAGCUAUCAAGGAGAAGUUGUUACAUACGCAACUUGCCUUGAGGAGAAAGGGUGAUGGUGAAUAAGUGUGACUGAAACCUACAGAGAUUAUUCUGUAUUUCAAGUCUUUCAUGAUAACAGGACAAGAAAUAGCAAUUUUUUUCCUUGUCCUUAUUGCAUACAGAUGGGAGAAUUUCUACUAAUAAUAUGUUUCUCUGAGUUUUUUUAUGAUUCUAAUUUUGACUUUGUUGUCCAAUGUUAUUAUACAUAAAAAAGCAGUAUGUAAUACUAUGUAUUAUGUUAUGUCAUGUAUACUAUUAUAUAAUGUACAUGUUGAGGGAACCCUCUGAUACAUAAGGUACAGGGGUAGGCAGCAGGUAGAAGUAAGACCAAGCAUUGUUGUAAAUGCUUGACAUUUUGGUUUACCCUGCAUUGUUCGUACAUGUAGUAAAAGAUAAGAUUAACAUUCAGAUAAAGGUUUAAGACUGAUUUAUAAUGUGCCUUGUAUAGAAAAUACAUGAAAAAAUGAAGCAGCUACAGUAAAUGUAGGUUGAAUGGAACAGCUCGUGAAAGUUGGUGUCAAUUUGCUGAGAUCCCUUACGAGAAAACAGAGGCAGAGAAGGCAGCUUCAUGUCUGACAGUGUUCUUGUAAGUUAAAUGCUGCCUGACUUCAAGUAGCAGAAACAAGAGAAGUAAUUUGGCCCUCAUGAUCAGAGAUUACCUUCCAGCCGGUUUUGACCUAAUUAUUCUGAAGAAGUUGCUGGUGACUACUAGCUGUAGUUUCCAUGUUUUUCCUGGUAGGCUAACCCUGCUCUCUGCCUGUAGGCUAACAAUGUUGCCAGGUGCUAAUCUGUUGAUGUAGCUUGGCUCCUUGGAGUACUGAUGUCAUUAUUUUCUACCUAAGGUCUGGGCUGUCAGUCAGAUCUAAAGUUCAUAAUUUUUGUGGACUAUGGUAUUUCCUUGAAUCAACUUUUUUUUUGUCAUGUUCUUCAGCCGGAUACAAAUCUGCACAUCAAAUUAGUUUUACUACCUUACUAAAUGUAGUAUCCUUGGAAAUUUAAGGUUGUACCCUAGCCCAUCCCAAUCAUGUCUGAUGUAUGGAGGUCCAACUGGGAUGGGUAAUAUUAGUGAGAAAACAGAGAUACUGCAAAAUAACAGAGACUUAGUGAUAGAUAGUUCAACAUUAUUGUUUCACUAAUUGGUGACAAAUAUCCAUGUCUGAAUAAGAUACACAAGAUGUAUCCAAUGAAAUACCAGAGACACCAUUCCAGACCCAUGUCUCUGCAGUUUUAAACUACACCUUGAUUCAGUUUUGAUACUAAUUUCUUUUCUAAGUUGGAUGACUGAAGUUGGAAUAUAAAGUUUUCAUCUAUGCAUGCAUUUUGAUAAAAAGUCUUGAAUGAAGUUGGUUUUGAUUCUUUUGAGUGAUGAACUGAAAAGGUUGUAAUAUGCUGUAGUAUUGUACAAAAGAUGGUGGAUAGAUAAUCCUAUAUAGAUCAGCUAAACUGAUAGUUUACUUUUGUAAAGAGCUAUAGAGGAAUUAUGAGAUUGUAGCUACAGUGUAUAGUUACAACCGAUAUAGAAAAUAUUGCAUAUAUCUUGAGAAGUAAAAUGCAGUUGCAAGGCUGCUACAGUACUGGUGUAGCUUAACAGCUGUGUUUAGGAUGAGCAAAAUUUCACUUCAGUUGUAAACGGAAUUGGCUGAUGAACCUGUAGAGGCCAUUGCCAAAUAAAAGCGAUCUCUGGUUGACUU